UUAUCCUGUUGAGGGGAAAGAAUCAAAGGUGCACAAGAUAAAAAAAGUUAUUGUAUUAGGAAAAAAAAUAAAGAAACAUGAUGCAAUAUAUCUUUAUCCAACAAUUCAUGAGAAACAAAGAUAUAGUGAUUUUUAUCCACAAAAAUGACAGCUUCUUCCCUCUCACUGAGUCUUGGACUUCCAUCAGCAGCCAAUAAUUUGAAUAGGCAUGCUUUACACAACAUUAUCACAUGUUCAGCAUCAGAAAACACAUCCCCUAAUCAACAGAGAUGUUUCAUGAGGAGGCCAUUUCUAUUGGGAGCAGGAGCUCUGUCUUUGAGUUUAUUACCCGCUACGCCCCUUCUAGCUAAAGGAAUACCAGAGAACUAUGAAAUCUUUGUUGAUAAACAAGAUGGCUAUUCAUAUUAUUAUCCAUCAGAUUGGAGGGAAUUUGAUUUCAGAGGUCAUGAUUCUGCAUUUAAGGAUAGAUAUCUACAACUGCAAAAUGUACGACUAAGUUUUAUACCAUCUGAUAAAUCAGAUAUCCAUGAUUUGGGGCCAAUAGAAGAGGUUGUGCCCGAUCUGGUAAAACACGUUUACUCUGCACCAAAUCAGGUGGCAAAUAUAAUGGAAAUGAAGGAGAGAAGUACAAACGGGAAAAACUAUUUCACCUUUGAAUAUGUAUUGACAUCUCCAAAUUUUUCUCGGGCAGCAUUUGCUACCAUAGCAAUUGGAAAUGGUAAGCGAUCUGGUCCGUCUCCUAUAGCUUUACAUCACAAUUUUACAGGUGCAAUUUUGUGCAUUCGCAUUAAGACAUUUUGUACAGGGAGACACUACACACUAAUCGUAGGAGCAAAUGAAAGGCGAUGGAGAAAAUUCCGUAACAAACUUAAAGUGGUGGCCGACUCAUUUCAGGUGCUGGAUAUUUAGAAUUGCUCUAAUGCUGGCAAUCAUAUAGUCUUAUUCCAUGAAACAGGAUUGUCUAUAUAUCCUAUUGCAAUUGUAUGUCGAACUACAUUACACAGAAUGUUUCCGGUAUCCCAUAAGUAAAUGAAAUCCUAAGUGUUUGCAACAAAGUUCAAAGUGAUGGAAAAUAAACUUCAAUCACAAAUAAAAUAUGAUGAAACAAAGAUUUUAUUGAUUGAUGAA